GUUAUCGUUACAACCAAGAAGAAGAAGUGUUUUGUUGUUUUCUACGAAAUUGCAGUUAAAUUACUCUUCAUAACACCUACAGGUAAAAGUUCAGAGCUAACUUUCUUUAUGUGAAAGCAUCUCAGGGAGAUUUGGGGGCCUUAAUAAUUAAUUACAUUUGACCAAGAGACUGCAAUGAUGCCAGCUGCUGAAAAGAACAACAACUCUCAUCCUCCAGGUGACAAGAAAACUAGUAUCAAGUGCUAGACAUAGCCUACAUCAUGCCUAUAAUAGCCAAACGAUGUGGGAUUAAGUUUGACCCCCCUUCAGUCAUCCUCAUCUAUGAAAAUGAACAUACAAACAAGUUGCGUAAAAGAGUAAUGCCAGUGAGGAGCUUUUCACAAUACUCAGACUGCAGCAGGGCUGCAGAGACACUGAAGCAUCAUCCCCGUCAUGGACGUUACCUGGACUCGGUGUCACUGGAGCAGCUGGUGAGGUUAUACACGGUGUUCCGGGAUCACCUGCGAGGUCUCAGUGUGGAGGAAAGUCUAAGAGAACAGCAUCGCUCUCAUGCACUUGAGGAAGAUCUCAACAAGCUCAGUGAUGAAGAGCUGAACCGCCGCAAAGCGCAAAUGGACGUGCUGUUCGAGCUCAACCGGCGCCGCAAAGACGACCCAGACUUUGUGUACGACCUCGAGGUGAAGUUUCCUGAAAACAGCGUACGGGAAACCUGCAGUUGGGACCAGUCAGAUGAAGAGGUUUGAAGACCAGGUAGUUGCUGCCUCACGGCUCCAGGGACCCCGGUUCCAUCCUGAUCUCAGGUUACUCUGUGUGAAGUUUCUCGAUGUUCUCCCUAUAUCUGUGUGGGUUUCCUCCCAAAACAUGCCAGUAGGUGCAUAGGCUGUUGUCAUGUAUAAAUAAUGUAAAUAUUUUUUUACAUUUAAACCAACAUCUUAAUAUCUAUUCCAUAUAGCUAUGUUAAAUAUCUGAAUAGAUAUCACAGUAGAAUAAAACUAGAUGAUUUGUCAUACUUAAGAUUUCGAACGACAGCUAGUGAACUUGUGUUUUGUCAGUGUAUAGCUGUAGGCAGGGUCAUGGAAAAAAAUAAAAUAAAAUCCAUAUCUUGCAGUAAAAUGAGACACUUCAGUUAGUACAACAGCAGUGUGUACAUCAGUGCCAAGCCACUAAAUCACACGUUGAUUCUUUUGUGCCAGCUAUUUUAAAAACUUUUUUAAAGGCCAUAUUUUAUUUUUCCUAGUGAAUAACAUUAACAGAUGGGGUAUUUCUACAAAAAAAAGCCAGUCAAAAGCACAGGAACAGCAGCACAUACAUUUAAUAAAUCCAGAUUUUAUGAAGAUGCAAAGAAGUGCCUCAAACCCUACAAAACACAACACAGGUGUAAUAGCCCUAACCCAGAAACUUAUUUUCCCAAUUAGAUUUUUAGUUCAGUUUAAAAAAAAAAAAUCAUGCUGCAGACAAUUUUCACACUUUGACCAGCAUGUGGACUGCAGGGAUGUAAUCAAACACCUCUGUUUAGGGUUACUUUAAACACAUUUAUAAAGUAUCUCAUAGGAGUAUUGAUUUCAGGAUCUUAAUUUAUGAUGAGCAUACAAACAUCACAAAUAACCCAGCAAAGAUCUCAUCUCAUUAUCUCUAGCCGCUUUAUCCUGUUCUACAGGGUCGCAGGCAAGCUGGAGCCUAUCCCAGCUGACUACGGGCGAAAGGCGGGGUACACCCUGGACAAGUCGCCAGGUCAUCACAGGGCUGACACAUAGACAACCAUUCACACCUACGGUCAAUUUAGAGUCACCAGUUAACCUAACCUGCAUGUCUUUGGACUGUGGGGGAAACCGGAGCACCUGGAGGAAACCUACGGGGAGAACAUGCAAACUCUGCACAGAAAGGCCCUCGCCGGCCACGGGGCUCAAACCCGGCCCUUCUUGCUGUGAGGCGACAGCGCUAACCACCACACCACCGUGCCGCCCCUACCCAGCAAAGAUGACUUGCAUUUCAGUUAAAAAAACACUUUAUGGAUUCUUUUUUGAUCCUCUUAUUUCCUUGAGGAGUGAGUUCACCCACUAUAGGAGACACGCAUUUUUAGACUAUUCUUAAUGAACAAAACGACAUAGCAGGGCAGCUGAUCUGAAACCUGACCCGUCCUCUGAGAUACUUCUGACAACACAGGCCUUGGUUGUAGUGCUCAAGAAAAUGAAUUCUGGGUUUGUUUGUUGUUUUUUUAAAGUGCAUCAAAGCUGGUGGAGGAAAUGUCUGAUUCUGCCAAAGCAGUAGCUGAUAGCACGCACGCGCAUACACACACAAUGCAGAUGAGCUGUUGUUCAUCUGGAUGGAUUUUACAGAAGUAGUCACAUCAUAAUUUGAGAGCAAGUAAAUUUUCUUUUCCUCUAAAGAUACAACAUCCAGCAGGACAGCACAUGGCAUCUAUAUUUUGAACAUAAAUCCUCAUCACUUGCUGUGAAAAUUGUGAGGCAUUAACCAUUUCAGCACAGAAAUAGGCUAAAUGAAGUUGCAAGAGCAAUGAAUUUGGUGCUUUAAUUUCAUAUAGCAAGAAAUCCUAUGCUGCUAAUUCAGUAGACCUGUGUACAUAUACACAUGUAAGCUUCCACUUUCCAUAGAAAAUAAAAUAGAUACCAGAUUACUUGCAUUACAAUAUUCAACUUUUUUGAAUUAACAAAAGACAUUUCAAGUACAUUAAAAAAUAAAGGUUUUGUUUCAUUGUGACCCUCUUUUCCUUUACCAUAGUCAUAUAGAAAGUGAUAUAUAUACUGUACAUAAUAUCCUAUUUUACCACAGACAAAAUACAUAUACAUAUGCAUACAGUUACGUAUAAAAGUCAUAGUUAGAAAUCUUAUUUUUUCUUCCGAUCCUGGGUGCACCGUGGACAAAACCUAGAGAAUGAAAAAUCAUACAUUAGUAUCCUUGACUUGCAAGUGACAUCAAAGCAAAAUAGAAACCCAGCUUUUAGCUCUGCCAUAUCUGUGUGUUGUAUAUGGUUGUGGUCAUAAACAGUACUCCUGACUGUGGCACGUGCCGAUUUUUUUUUAGAAUCCCAUCCGUGAUUCGGAAAGAGGGUGAGGAAACUCUGAGGCUUAGUACGGAGAGGAGACGAGGGGGAUCAGGACACCUUGUCCAAUAGUUAAGACAUUUUGUCCAAAGCCUUUUUCAUAUGCACUAUCAAUUAUUUUAUAUUUCAGGUAUUCAUGAACAAAAGCCCCGUGAGAGCGCUGCUCAGUACCUAAAGAUUUAAUAUGAUCCAGCCGGCUUUAAAAAUUAAUAACUCGGCCAACGGAGCUCACAGUGAAUCCAAAUUUUACAGGCACCUCCCUCUAAGCCUCCCCCUUGGAAAGAGCAUGGUCUCGGGUCGGUAGGCCCGUGCCUUGGCCUGGGAUUCGCGAAUGAAGCCUCCGCGAGAGCACUGCUUGAAGCCUAAAAAUUUAAUAUGAUCCAGCCAGAAACAGAGACAUGCAAGCGAGCAGCCUGUAAUGACAAGGGAGUUAACUCAUCCCAGGUUCAGCAAGUGGCACGGGCCGACAUGGUUACCCCCAAGUACGCUCUUUAGUGUUGAAGCGCACAUACCAUGGCACUCAUUUGCUUUACAAAAAUGUGUUUUGUUUCGGUCAAAUUCCAUCGAGAAUUCCUUUUUUCUAACAAACAAAUACCUGAAAUAUAAAAUAAUUGAUAGUGGGUAUGAAAAUGGCUUUGGACUAAAUGUCUUAACUGUUGGACAAAAAGGCAUUGGACAAAAUGACCUGUAUUCGUACUCGAUGGUCGUUAGAAGCGUCUUAUCUUCAGAAAAGUCUGACUUUUUAAAAUAACAUGGGUCAAAACCACACAUCCAUAAUCACUCAAAUUGUGGCAAUACUGAGAAAAUUCAGCAUCGCUUACAGACACGCUUUCAGCGGCUGCCAUCUUAGUUGCUUUGUAUAUCCACCACCAUGGCGGACACUUAUGACGUAGCACAUUUUGAUCACAUGGUUGCAAGUCAUCUCUUAUACUUUAACCAUUUUUAAAUGUUGAAUCUGAUGUAUUCAAAACUUUGGCAUUUCAACAGAUACGUACCAUUUUCCUUUGGGCUUUGUUGAGAGAUCCACACAUGCAAAGUGAAACCACUCAAUUGGACACUGUUAAAAAAUAAAGUAUUUAAGAAAGUUGAGUAAAUUGUGCUUGAGAAAUAAAUACUGAUUGUAUCCUACUACUAAGUAAUAAAACACUUGGGACCUUCUGAUAUAGGAAAUUAAUCAAAGACAGGGUGGUGCGAUGUGGCCCAAUGCAAAGCAGUUCCAAAGAGUUACCGUUCCCACCUAAAAGAUGGUUAGUUUUCUAUAACAGCAUGUCCCAACAUGGUUUAUUCCUAUUAGACUACAACAAUUUGCCAAUGAUUACAAUUUUUAAUUUCUUAAUCAAUAGCACAUUAUGCAUUUCAUCCAUUUAUAGUUGGGGAAAGUUUGUGAAACACAUUAGUUCCUGUUCUCUUCCACACCAGUGUCCCUCUUCUCCUUUUUUGAAAGGUUAACAUUUUUUUUUAAAAACGCAGCUUGUCAACUUACUGAGGAGCCGCACUUUGUAAACAACUCUGUCCUGAAGGACAUUUCCGUCACGGUCAGAAAACUUCCAUAAAUGUUGAAUAAAUGUCUCCUUGUGGAAAAUGCUGCCAUAACAAGUAUACGUUUUCUGUUGUUAAAUAACAUUUUUACCUUAGAUUAUGUACAACCCCAAAUCAGAAAAAGUUGAAGUUAUGUUGAAAUUGAAAUUAAAACUGAAAACAAUGAUUUGUAAAUAAUCUUUGAUCCGUCUUGCACUCAAAACA